AUGGCACCAGAACAGAAGAAGCGGGCAAGGCCCACCCCAAAUUCGAGCCAGCGAUCGAAGAAGCGACAAAAGAUCGAGCCUGGGAAAGCCGUCGCGGCUGCUCCAAAGAGCUUGGUCAAGCGGCCAGUCGCAUUGGAUGCGCUGCCAUGGAACGAAGUGCAGAUGCCGGAUAUGUACGACGAUGCGGAGGGCUUCUUUGGACUCGAGGAGAUCGAGGGGGUGGAAGUUGUCCGCGACGGGAAUACUGUCAAGUUUGUAACUGCUGUGAACCCUACUUUUACGGAAGACAAAGUAUUUGAAGGAUUUGGUGACGAUGAGCCUGGAAAAGAGGCUCCAAAAUUUCAACCCGAGACCGCAAAGACAGCAGAUCAGGUCCCAACGUUGAAGGAGAAAAAUAAAACCAGGGAGAAAAAGGAAACCCAGAAAGCUAGGAAAGAGAAGAAAGCCGAGAAGGAUAAGAAAAAUAAAAAGAAGGAAAAGGUAGAGAAGCCGCAGCCGAAGGACGAUGAUCAAACAGAACCUGAGGAGCCCGAGACCAACCUUUUCAGAUUGCUGGAGGAAGAUGCUGUCGAGGAAGAGACAGAUGUUUCGGCCUGGACAGAACUAGACCUCUCUCCCGAUACUCUCUCUGCUCUUUCAAAGUUAGGCUUCCAAAAACCAACUUUAAUCCAAUCGUCUGCUAUACCUGAGAUUAUGGCAGGACAUGACGUUGUAGGGAAAGCUUCUACAGGAUCUGGAAAGACGUUGGCAUUCGGAAUACCCAUACUUGAGAGCUGGAUUGAGACAUACGGACAAUUGGAUGAGGACGAACUGAAAGCUUCCAGGCCGCCGACCGCAUUGAUUCUUUCUCCCACUCGUGAAUUGGCACAUCAGUUGACAGAGCAUAUCACGGCCCUGUGUAAGGGACUUCCAAGUGCUCCAUACGUAGCUGCUGUUACAGGUGGAUUAUCCGUCCAGAAGCAGCAACGUCAACUUGCGAAAGCAGAUAUUGUGAUCGGUACUCCCGGCCGAUUAUGGGAAGUGAUGAGCUCGAGUAUAGAGUUAACAGCAGCAUUCAAGAAGAUCAAGUUCUUGGUCGUCGACGAAGCCGACCGACUCUUGACCGAAGGUCACUUCAGAGAGGCAGAACAGAUCAUCGGAUCUCUGGACAGGCAACAAGAUGCAGAUGAAGACGAUGAGAUCGUUCCAACAAGACAGACCUUGGUCUUCUCGGCAACGUUCCACAAAGGGCUUCAGCAAAAGCUCGCAGGAAAAGGGAAGCAAGGAUUGAUGGACGACAGCGAGUCGAUGGAAUACCUCCUCAAGAAACUUAACUUCCGCGAAGACAAGCCAAAGUUCGUAGACGUCAAUCCCAUUUCUCAGAUGGCUGAGGGUCUAAAAGAAGGCAUGGUCGAAUGCGCCGGAACCGAGAAGGAUCUCUACCUCUACUCCCUCCUCCUCUACCACCCCAACCAACGCACCCUAAUAUUCACCAACUCCAUCCACUCCGUGCGCCGUCUCACCCCUCUGCUGCAAGGUCUCAACCUGCAAGCUAACGCCCUACACUCGCAAAUGGCGCAGAAAGCCCGCAUGCGCUCCAUCGAGCGCUUCUCCUCCCCCAAAUCAACUUCCAGCAUCCUCGUCGCCACCGACGUCGCAGCCCGCGGGCUCGACAUCGGGGGUGUCCAGCUCGUCAUCCACUACCACCUCCCCCGUGCCGCAGACAUGUACGUGCACCGCUCCGGCCGUACCGCCCGCGGUUCGGCCUCCGGGACCAGCAUCCUGAUGUGCGCGCCCGAGGAAGUCGUCGGCAUGCGCCGCCUAGUGGCCAAAGUGCACGCGCAGAACGCGCUCGCGGGCGGGGGCAGCAAAUCGAAAUACUACAUGCGCUCGCUCGACAUCGACCGCAAGGUGGUGGCGCGGCUCAAGCCGCGCGUGACGCUGGCCAAGAGGAUCGCCGACAGCACGCUGGCCAAGGAGAAGAAGGGCCACGACGACGAGUGGGUGCGGGCCGCGGCGGCCGAGCUGGGCGUCGACUACGACAGCGAGGAGUUCGAGAACGCGGGCGGCAUGCGCAAGGGGAGGGGCACGGGCCGGAAGCUGAAGGAGAAGGAGGCGCGGGCCAUGACCAAGGGGGAAGUGGGCGCGCUCAAGGCGGAGCUGAAGGGUCUGCUGGCGCAGAGGGUCAACGUGGGUGUCAGCGAGAGGUACCUGACUUCAUCUGGCACGGUGGACGUCAAUGGCUUGCUGAAGGGCGCGCAGGGAAAUUUCUUGGGCCAGGUUGAUGGGAUUGGGAUGGAUGAUUUGUAA